GAGUCAGCGCGCUGACGUCCGACGCUCCAGGUACUUUCCCCGCGGACGGCCCGGACAGGCGUGGGGGCGGGGCGGCGAGCGGAGCGCGCAUGCGCCGCAGCGCCAGCGCUCUCCCCGGAUCCUGAGGGGCCUGAGCCUCUCCGCCGGCGCAGGCUCCGCUCGCGCCAGCUCGCUCCCGCCGCCAUGUCUUCUACCAUCGAGCGGGAGUUUGAGGAGCUGGAUGCUCAGAAUCGCUGGCAGCAGUUGUACCUGGAAAUUCGCAAUGAAUCCCAUGACUAUCCUCAUAGAGUGGCCAAGUUUCCAGAAAACAGAAAUCGAAACAGAUACAGAGAUGUAAGCCCCUAUGAUCACAGUCGUGUUAAACUGCAAAAUGCUGAAAAUGAUUAUAUUAACGCCAGCUUAGUUGACAUAGAAGAGGCACAAAGGAGUUACAUCUUAACACAGGGUCCACUUCCUAAUACAUGUUGUCAUUUCUGGCUCAUGAUUUGGCAGCAAAAGACCAAAGCAGUUGUCAUGCUAAACCGAGUUGUGGAGAAAGAAUCGGUUAAAUGUGCACAGUACUGGCCAACAAAAGACGACCGAGAGAUGCUGUAUAAAGAAACAGGAUUCAGUGUGAAGUUCUUGUCAGAAGAUGUGAAGUCAUAUUAUACAGUACAUCUACUGCAGUUAGAAAAUAUCAAUAGUGGUGAAACCAGAACAAUAUCUCACUUUCAUUAUACUACCUGGCCAGAUUUUGGAGUCCCUGAAUCACCAGCUUCAUUUCUCAAUUUCUUAUUUAAAGUGAGAGAAUCUGGUUCCUUGAAUCCUGAACAUGGGCCUGCAGUGAUCCACUGUAGUGCAGGCAUUGGGCGGUCAGGCACCUUUUCUCUCGUAGACACCUGUCUUAUUCUGAUGGAAAAAGGUGAUGAUAUUAACAUUAAACAACUGUUACUGAAUAUGAGAAAAUAUCGAAUGGGACUUAUUCAGACACCAGAUCAACUCAGAUUUUCGUAUAUGACUAUAAUAGAAGGAGCAAAAUUUAUAAAGGGAGAUUCAAAUAUACAGAAACGGUGGAAAGAACUUUCUAAGGAAGACUUAUGUCCUGCUUUUGAUCAUUCACCAACCAAAAUAAUGACUGAAAAAUAUAAUGGGAACAGGAUAGGCCUAGAAGAAGAAAAACAGGCAGGUGACAGAUACACAGAACUAUCCUCUAAAAUGCAAGAUACUAUGGAGGAGAACAGCGAGAGUGUUCUACGGAAACGUAUUCGAGAGGACAGAAAAGCUAACACGGCUCAGAAGGUGCAGCAGAUGAAACAGAGGCUAAAUGAGACUGAACGAAAAAGAAAAAGGUGGUUAUAUUGGCAACCUAUUCUCACUAAGAUGGGGUUUGUGUCAGUCAUUUUGGUUGGCGCUUUUGUUGGCUGGACACUGUUUUUUCAGCAAAACGUUCUAUAAAUAAAAAAUUAAUUCUGCCCAGCAAGCUUCUGCACUAGUAGCUGACAGUGUGGUGUUAAUCACAACAGUUUGUCUGUUAGCAAACUCCUCAUACCCAAAAACGGUGCAGUAGAAUAGACACCAACCAGAUAAGUGACAUAUUCAGUCCCCAGCGCAACAUCUCAGGGCGCUGCCCCCAGACUGUAAAUGGCUAUCUAAAAUAAAGACUUUAAUGCUUGUUAAAAACUGGUACAUUUUGCAACUGUAUUCGUAUAUGUUAAGCGUAAAAUUUCACUUGACGAGAUUGAGAAAUCCUUUAUCAGAAGGAUUUGUUUUUGGAGGCUGUCUGGAUUUUGACCUGCACUUGAUAUAAGCAAUAAAUAUCAUGGUUUUAUCUAAAUUAUUACUGGAAAGAAAAUGACCUUUAAUGUGUGUAAUGUAUAAUGUACUAUUGAUAUGGGCAUCAACAUUUUAUAUUCUUAACCAUUUCAGGGUAAAUAUAUUUUAUAAGUACCUAUUUAAUCUUACUUUUGUAGUUAAAUGUACUUUUUAAAAGCUCAAUUUGCAAAAUCUGUUACCAUAAAAAAUAAAUUGUAUGUUGACUCAGUUGUACUGGAUGCAUUUUCCUACAAGAAGUUUGAUAUGAGCAGUUAGAUCUCUGAAUAAGCAAUUUUUACUAUAUAUUUGCAUUUCUUUUAUGUUUUACAGUUUUCCCAAUUUUAAAAAGAAAAGCAAACAAACAAAUAUUUUCCUUAAAAAUAUCUUUGAAGGAAAAUCCUCCUUACUGACGUAGUCAGGUAACAGUUGAUCAAGACUUUGUAAAGAAAUCGGUUUCUAUAAAGCCCAUUAUUAAUACCAUUUAUUUUUCAUGAAAAUUUCAGUGUAAUUACCGUAAUUUAUAAUUGGGGUAAAUCAUGAUUUGGGUAAUAAAAAUAAGGAGCAGCAUUUUAUUAUCCAUGAUUUCAGUUUACUAGACUGAAGUUUUGAAGUAAAAAUUUUUUCAAGUUCUUUCUACUUCAAUAAAUAGUAUGAUGAUGUACGAACCUUACAUUGUCCCUUUAACUUCUUAAUGCGUAUUUUUAAAGCCUAUUGUUUAAUGAAUUUAACUGCUCAUUUGAGUGCUAGCUUUCGUCAGAUUCCAGCAUUUCUUUCAGUGUUUAACUUGUUUAACUUAAACUUUAAAUAGUUGUUAUAAAUUUAAUUGCUGAAAUAAUGAAAUCACAUUAUUUCACUGGUUUUCAAACUAUGCUCAUGGGAUUUCUAAGGGGUCGCCAAGAGGUGGUAGGAAGGACUCCAAGUUUUCAACCCUUACUUUUAACCAGACCAUCUCUGCUUUAUCUAUUUUAUAUACUACAUAAGAUUUCUGCAUGAGGUUUAAUUAUUUUAAAAGUGCAGUUAUAAUUUAAAAAACAGUUUGAAAACCAUUGGUAUAGAUAGGUAUCUUGAAUUGAUUUGAGUAGCCUUCUUGAAUGUGUUAAAUUAUGCUGAAAGUAUGAAAGCAGGAUGUAGGUGGUACUACACAUUAAAUAAGAUUUGUAUAACUUGUGCCUGUGUCCUAAUUCAGUAUUACUGUGUCCUGUAACCUUUAAAUGGAGAGGAGGUAAGAGGGACGUUUUCUUAUGUCUGUCUGCGUUAAACCUAUGCUCAGGCAGCAAACCCUAACAUUUUAGGUCAUUAUUGGUUUAAAGUCUUUCUUUCCAAUUUACCUUGAUUUAUCUUUGCUAGAAUACAGUAUAUUACUUUGCAAGUCAAAUAUGAAUAGACCAUAUUAAACUUCCAAUUGAAGAUAGCCUUCCUUUAAACAAAAAGGUAAAGACUUCUUAUACAAAGCAAAUGCCGACAAUGAUGCACACUGCCCCUUUGCUGGGUAAAUGCGCUUCAUUGGAUUCGCUAUUCCCGCUUUGCUUUUUGUCUGCUCUCUGUCCUUCUGGAUGGCAUCUGUUGUAAUAUAUUUUUCAAUCAUAUUCAGCAUAGUGAACACUUGCUGGACUUCUGCAAGGGUUAGUCAUCUUUCCUCCUUCAAGCAGAUCCUUGAGGAUAAUGUGUUAAGUUUUUACCAUUAAUAAUAUUUUUGGUGGGUGCAAUGUACUAAUUAUUGAAAAUAUAUGGCAACGUGCUGUGGUGCCCACGGUCAUCGUCCUGACCCUUUAUUAAAUGAGGUAUGCUACUAGGAGAGGAGGACACAGCUAUCAUUCUUGCCUUCUCAGGUGACGAGCAGAGGAAAAGUUGGUAAUCCUUGACGGGUUCUGCAGCUUUAUAAAAUUUGUGUAUCCUUAGGUCUUCAUCAUAUUUUCUAAUUAUAACAAAUUUUAAAAGUCAGUUGUGUAGUUUGACUUUGAGGUAGUAUUUUUUAAAUAAGUUAAGGAGGAAAAAAAGAUUUUUUUAAAAACCAGAGGCUUUUAUUAUUUUAAGAAAGAAUAUUUACAUUAAUAUCGACUUCAUUUAUGUUCAUAUCUAUCCCUGCUAAUAAACUGACAGCAACUUUUGAUUUAAUGCCAUCUUUUCUGGCUACACCAACUGGUUAUAUAUUCGUUUCCAAGUUUACCCAAGUAUUUCAUGCUGUCCCACUACUCAUUUUUAGAUAUGCUUGCACGUAUAUAAUAUGUAAAAAUAUGAUUCUCUAUAUUUAGUUUAUCCAUAUAUAAAAUAAAAAUAAUACCCUUUUCCUGAAUUCUUGGGUUAAAAAAAGUAAUAUGUUAAAGUGCAUAGAGAACUUUAGAACAAUAUAAAGACCAUUUCUCAUGUUUAGAGGAUAUUUUAUGUGUUUGCUCUGUCAUUUUCCUCUUCUAUCUUUUUGGUUCAUUUCACUAUGUAUUACUAUUUCUACCAAGGAAUGAACAAAAAAAAGAGAAAGAAAGUGAAAACUUGUUAAUUUUUUUUUAAAUAGCUCUGCUUAACAGGUAUGUCAGAGGAAGGAGUUGUGACUCUUAACUUUAUGUACACUUCUGCUUGUUCCUUUGUUUUAAAUAAAUUAGAAUUGAUGGUAUGAAUCAAAAAAGAUGUAUCAGUUUAAAAAGUAGUUUAUAACGUGGAGCAGUCCUCCAGUUUUUACAUCAAUUCCUUCUUUGCUUUCAGCAUCAGUUUACAGUGAUGGUUGCUACCAUUUACUGAUCGUUUCCUAUUUGCCAAGCACUGUGCUAAGCAGUUUUCAUAUAUUAUCCUAUUUAAUCCUCACAACAAACUUUUGAGGUAGGUGGUGUUAUUAUUAAGCCAUAAUCAACCUGAGACUUGAUACUUCUAUAUUCUUUUAUGGUGCUACCAUUGAAAAGUCUCAUAUAUAUAGUAUAUUUUAGAAUUAGAUAAUUCUUAGAGAAAGACUUACCUUCUGCAAGUCAUUUCCCUCUUAGAAAAAUAUCUCUGACUAGAUUCUAUAUUAAUAGACACAGGCCAGAACCUGAUUAUAUUAGAAAUAUUUUUAUGAAUCAUUAUAUACUCUAUUUUAAUGAGUACUUAGAUUUGCAAAGUGCCUGCCUGGUUAUUGUACAGAUUUUAAAAUCUAGUCUGCCUUGAUUUUUACAUUCAGAUACAAAUCAUCUAGAGAUUUUUCUUAAGUAUAGUCUAUUAUCAUCUAAUGCCGUUAUGUAUAGCGUCCAUUUCUUCCCAUGUUCAGGCAGGAGCCUAGGAAUCACACCUUCUGUAAGCAUUGAUUUAUUUUUUCGUCUCAUGGGCCCACGUGAGUUUGUCAGUGGGGUAGAGAACAUGGACCAAGAGCGUGAU